UAGACAGGAAGCUAUCUGUCUGAGCUAAUCUUCAGAGCAGACUGACUUCAUAUCAAAUUUUCGGUGAAACGACAACAUGUAUUUAACAUCUACAGUCCAAUGAGUUUACAAUCAGCAGUCAGUUUGGCCUUAACGACAGUAUGGAUUUAAACACAGUUCAUCGUUCUCCGAGAGAGGAGGGAGAGCUCGAAGACGGGGAGAUCUGCGAUGAUGAAACCGAGGAGAGUAUGCCGAUCCGACGGGGGGAUGGUAACAGGCCCGGCCGCGGCGCUCCUCCACGGACACGAAAACCUCACCAACAUCCACACAACAUGCUGCCGCACAUGGGUCACCAGCCGCCAGAUUUCCGUCUCCUGAUGCCAUACAACCGCGGACCUCACGGACACGGCCCUUUUCCCCCGAGCCACAGGCAGCAGUGCGGGCCGAGCGGGCCCGACCGGCUUCCUGCACCCUCUCCCCCGCCGCUGCUGCAGCCGCCACCGGGGCUCGGUCCUCACUGCGAGACGAGCCCGCGAACCAGCUUCUGGGAGCGGAGCCACGGUGCCCUGGGCAGGUUCAGGCACCGGGCCAUGCCGAACGGUGGACGCGGCAAUUGGAACCGAGGCAGCCGGGGACGUGGAGACACCAGAGGUCCCCUCGGUCGUUACGGGCCCGUAGAGAGUCACGGCAUCAAGAAAGACUCUCCCUCGAGAAAACAAAAGCAGCAGGGGAGGAACCAGGCGAGAAAACCGAUUCACAAUGUUUCCAAACCAGAGAACAGUGUUGACGAGUCCUUCGAAGAUUUACUGUCCAAGUACAAGCAGAUUCAGCUGGAGCUGGAGUGCAUCCGUAAAGAGGAGACGAUGGCUCUGGAUCCCAACGUGUCCCCUGCUGGAGACCAGACCCCAGACAACACUGCCAGUAUUACAGAGACCAAACCAGUACCCGAAGCAGCUCAGAGUCCAGAGGAACCCCACGAGCUGGACACAGCUGAGAGGAAAGUGUUCCAGGCGUUCAACAUCAAACCUCUCCGUCAAAAACUUCCCGUCCCCAUUAACCUGGAUGAGCUGAAGAGGAAGUGGGCGGAGCAGGAUAACGAAGGUGAUGCUCAGAAGGAGGGUGAAGUAGAAGAAAGAACAACACAAGCUGUGGCUGAACCAGAGCAGAAGGCUGAUGAAGAGUCAGAGGCGAUGAAGAAGACGUGUCCGUGCUGCAGCGAAGAAACAGACAAAGAUGAGAAAACGACAAAGAAGUGUUCAUGUCGGAGCGAGUCCUCGGCCUCCAGCGAGGACUCCGUCAUCUCUCCGGACAAGCCGGUGGUGAAGGUGGAGGAGGAGGAGCUGUCGGAGCUGCAGCUGCGUCUCCUCGCUCUGCAGUCGGCCAGCAAGAAGUGGCAGCAGAAGGAGCAGCAGGUGAUGAAGAAGAGCAAAGACCGGAUCACUAAAGUGGUCCAGGAGAAAAGCUCCAGCUCGGGAGCUGCUCCAGCCGGCAGGCAGAGAGUCACCACGAGGUCGGCCUCCUCCGCCGCCGCCGCAGCCGCCGCUGCAGACAGGAACAGAACCAGGUCUAGACCUCUGGACAGGGACCGAGACAGACCCAAGACUGGGCCCAGACCUCCAGACAGAGACAGAGAGAGGCUCAAACCCAGUCUUAAACCUGGUCCCAAACCUCUGCUGGAGAGAGGCAGAGCUCCAGGGAAACCGCACAUGGCCAAGAAGAUGAUCGGUACAGGCUCAGCGGCGAAGCAGGCGGCCAGGAAGCAGCAGCUGAAGACGUGGAAGCUGCAGCAGCAGAGAGAGCAGGAGGAGAAACGGCGACAGGAAGAGGAAGAACGACGCAAACGAGAGGACGAAAUCCGCAGAAUCCGCGAUCUGUCCAACCAGGACGAGCAGUACAACCGCUUCAUGAAGCUGGUGGGAGGGAAGACGAGGACACGCAGUAAAUCCAGAGAUCGGGAGCACAGGAAGUCUGCAGGUAAACAGGGCGUGGACGCCUCAGGAAACCUCUACCAGUAUGACAACUAUGACGAGGUGGCGAUGGACACGGACAGCGAGACCAGUUCACCAGUGCCGUCGCCGACACACAACCAGCUGGCUGCAGACGAUCCGGGAUGUUUCCCUCAGAUGUCUCUUUAUGUGACCGACUCCCCUCAGUUUGGAAUGGAUUUCUCUCAGCCGUUCCUCUCCCCCAUGCUGUCUGGUGGGCCUCCCCCGCCUCCACCCUUACCCCCUCCACCGGACGAGCUGGAGCCUCCUCCCAAACCUCCCUUCGCUGACGAGGAAGAGGAGGAGGAGAUGCUGCUCAGGGAGACCUGUCUGAUGUCUAUGGCCAGCAAGCGAGUGGCAGCGACUGAGGAGAAGAGCAGCAGUGGUCCUCAGUCUCCCAGCUGUCAGCCUCCUGCAGGCAUUCAGCAGCCGACCAGAGGAAACCUGAGCACCGUCAGUCUGAACACGGUGUCUCAGUCCAGAAGCAACAAGUUCACCAGAGGACAUCACACUCCCAGAGCGCCGCUGGUGCUGCCCAGACACAAGUCGGUGGUGGUUUCUCUGAAUGACUCGGACGACAGUGACUCCGACAUGGACGCCUGCAGCUCCACACAGGCAGCGUUUGGAGGACUGGAGUUCAUGAUCAAAGAGGCCAGGAGGACCGUGGAGGCAGCCAAGCCUAAAGCAGCAUCAGGAUCUGAGAAGGAGAACAACCCCGUCAGAACUCCAGAGGCUUUACCUGAAGCCAAGAAGGCUGAGUACCGCCUGCUCAAAGAGGAAAUCGCCAGCAGGGAGAAGCAGAGGAUGCUGAAGGAUCACAGCGUGAGCUGCACCUCACCUGCCGUCUCUGACUCAGUGCUGGACUCACCUGUAAGGUCAGCUGCAGAGCUGAAACUGACCGAAGCAGAGCAGAGACUCAGCAAACACAGGGAGCUGCUGCAGAGAGACGAGGCCGUGCUGAGACACCUGCUCCAACAGGAGCUGAAGAAGAGGGAGUCUCUGAAGGCUGCCGAGGGGAAGGUGGCCAAACUGAGGGAGCAGCUGCAGGCUUCGGAGAAGAUCGUCAGCGCUAACAAGACGCUCUUGAAGAAGCUGCAGGAACAGGUGCAUCGUGUUGAACACCGAGUGUCCAUAAAGAAGAGUCUGACUGUCAGGUUGGAGCAGGAGCUGACUCAGGCUCAGCAGACUGCCGGCAGAGGAUCAAAACGCCGAACAGGCUCCACCCAGACUCAGCCCAGUAAGCUGCAGCGUGUGGACGGAGCCCCUCGUGGAUCAGAGCGUCACUUUGCAGAGCUCAUCGCCCAGAAGCAGCGGCUGCAGCAGCUGGAGUCUGAGUACGCCCUCAAGAUCCAGAAGCUGAAGGAGGCUCAGGCCCUCCGCAACAAAGGAAUCCCAUCAGAUCUGCUCUUAGAGCCACCAGUUCGAGCCUCCACCCCUCCUGAACCUCAGAGCCAGCUCCCACCUCCCUCCACCCCCUUCCCUCUACCCCAGCCCUCCCUGCACGACCUCACCCAGGACAAACUAACCCUAGACAGUGAAGACGUACCCGAGGCUGAUGAUCAUGAAUCAGAAACUGCACCUGCACCUGCACCUGCACCUGCUGCUGCUGCUGCUGCUAAAGGAAGCCGCAGACACUCCCUCCUUCAGUCCAACAGCACAUUCACCAAACCCAACCUGGAGCAGCUGAGCUUAACUCCAGCUAAAGACAACUGCUCUACCAAACCUGCCAAGACUCCCACCAGCUCCAAGCCUCCUGCAGAGAUGUUUUCGGGCUUGGAUGUGGACGCUCUGAAGCUGAGGUACCAGCAGCAGGCCCGGCUGGGAGAGCAACUUCUGAGUGAGCUGCACAGAUUGGGAGAAAAUGUUGACAACCCCCCUGCUGGAAAGGUGGUCUCAGUGGAGGUGGACGCAGCCACGAGCCAAUCAGGGAGUUCAGAGCUGAAACCAGUUCCCUUUGGAUCAUAUCACAGCCCUCUGCUGGUCUUCAGAUCAUACAGGUUCAGUCCAUAUUACAGGACCAAGGAGAAGUUAUCUCUGAGCUCUGUAACAUACAGCAACACCAUCGAACCAAGAAAGUGUUUCUGUCGGUUUGAUCUCACAGGAACCUGCAAUGAUGACGACUGCAGAUGGCAGCACAUGAGAAACUGCACUUUGACUGGAAACCAACUUUUCCAGGAUAUCCUGUCAUACAAUCUGCCUCUGAUUGGCUGUUCUGAGAGCAGCUCAGAUGAGGACAUCAGCGUUGCCACAGAAAAGUAUAUGAAGAAGCUGUUCGGAACAAACAAAGACCGAAUGGGAAUCGACCAGAAGGCCGUACUCCUCGUCAGCAAAGUGAACGAAAGCAAACGACACGUCCCUCCGUUCACCACCUGUAAAGACACGAGGAGGUGGAGACUGAAGCCGUCGACGCAGAGCAGCCUCAUCCCAGAGGACGACAGUGAGGACGAGACUGCGGCUGGAAACCCGACGGCUGGGAGACACGGUGACUGCGCUCAGACCAGCCUUUCUGCUCUGGAUGUUUGCGUCACAUCAGAGGACAAACGUUAUUUUGCCAGUGAGACGGAUGACAUAUCAAACCUGGAGACCAGUGUCCUGGAGAGCUCCGCAGACACUCAGCUGUGGAUCAAAUUAGCAUACAAAUACCUCAAUCAGAACGAGACGUCUGCAGCAGAGUGUUUGGAAGCGGCCUUGAACACGUUGUCCCGUGCUCUGGAGAAUAACUGUGAUAACCCUGAGGUGUGGAGCCACUACCUGUCUCUGUUCUCCAGGCGAGGCAGCAGGGAGGAGGUCCAGGAGAUGUGUGAGAUGGCUGUGGAGCAUGCACCUGACUACAAAGUGUGGUGGAAUUAUUUAAACUUGGAGAGCUCGUUCGAAGGGAAGGACUACGUGUGUGAUCGCCUCGUGCAGUUUCUCCUCACUGAAGCGUCUGCUGGUGUCUCUGACAAACUGUCCUUCCAGCUGAUGGAGGCGCUGCUCUACAGGGUCGAGCUCAACUUGUUCACAGGCAGGAUGGAGAGCGCGCUGGCCAUUUUACAGAAUGCCUUGAAAUCAGCCCACGACAGGAGUAUAGCUGAACGCCUGACACCCAGCGACCGUGCGUUGCUCUGGCUCUCUUACAUCCACCUGACGGAGUUCGACCGGCUGCCGUCCAGCCUGUACGACCCGGCGGAGUCCGGUCCGUCCAGGCUGGUGAGCAGAGAGUCCUUCAUGCUGCCCUGGAGGACAGUGCAGGACGUCAGCACACCGCCUGACAUCCUCAUCGCUCUCUUCCAAGAUGCCAUCCAUCAGUGCAGUGAUGAGUGUUUGUCUGAGAGUGAGAGGACGCUGGCCUGCCUGCCUCUUCACACCAACCUCAUCUUCCUCAACAAACUGCUGGAGAGGUUUGAUGAGGGUGUUGUUCUCUGUGAGUCUCUGCUGGGGUCCUGUCCUGAGUCCUGCACUCUGAGAGACGCUCUGGCUGACCUCCACAUCAGGAAAGGAGACGGAGAUCAGGCGGUCAACAUGUGGCUUCACGUUCUGGCCGAGUGUCCCAACAACGCUGAGGUCUUCUAUCACUCCUGCAAGUUCCUCAUGGCUCAGGACAAGUCGAGCGCCAUCGUCCCCUUGUUCAGAGGAUUCAUCCUGAGUCUCUGUGAGGACCAGCAGAGUCAGAAGAAACCUGUGGACGUUCUGCGACACAUCCUUGGAUUUGCCACUGAGGAGCUGCUGAGAGGUCCAAUCAUCAAGGAGCUUCAGGAGCAGCUCAGUCAGCAGAUGGCUUACCUCCACCUGAUCCACUGUCGCUGGCAGUGGCUGCACGGCUCUGUGGAGGACACGGUGGACGCCUUCGAGAGAGCGCUGGCAUCAUCCAUGCAGCUGGAGGAGCUUCACAAACUGUGGAUGGAUUACCUGCUGUUCAGCAGCCAUCAGCAGGUCCACGGUCCAGCUAGCAGUCAGUCAAAAGUGUUCUCAGAUCUGGUGCAGCGCUGCCUGAGCACCGUCCCAUCUCGACUGGAGGUUCCCUUCAACCCAGCAGAGUUCUGGAGCUGCUACCGCUUCCACAACAAGGUUGUGACUCUUUACCUGAGCUGUCUGCCGCAGUCCCAGCAUGCACUGGUCCUGGAGAGGCUGAGAUAUGCCAUGCCCAACAACAUUGAACUGGGCCUGAGGUUGCUGCAUCAAGAGUGGCAGGACGGAAACAUUGAACACCUGAAGUUCCAGGCCAGGAUGCUGAGCAGUAACUCUCCAAAGUGUCUGGCCAACUGGAAAAUAGCGAUAGCUGUGGAGAGGGAGCUAAAGGAGCGAUCAGAGGUGCGACUUCUCUGUCAGCAGGCCCUCCAUCACCUUCCACUGUGUGCUGCCCUGUGGAAAGAUCGGGUGCUGUCUGAAGCAGCAGAGGGAGGACAGACAGACAGACUGAGGAGGCUCCUGGACAGGUGUCAGCAGGUGGGAGUGAGUCUCAGUGAGUGACUCAGUUUAGUGGAUGAGACAGAAGAUGAGUGACGUCCAUCAGCUGCACAAUAAACUCAAAGCAGAAUCAAUGAAUCAAUCAGCUGUAGAUGAUUGAGUGAGAGCAGGCAGAUGAGAUGAGGUAAGACAGACCUUCCUCCUCCUCCUCCUCCUCCUCCUCGGACACCCCGAGCUGCCUCCAGUGUGUCUGGAGCAGCUUAAAUCACAUCAUGUACGUAAGUAUCCAGCUGCUGAGUGACACAGUGUUGCCUUUGUUCUCUUUUAAUUCAUGUCCUCCCUCUUUUUGUUCCUGUCACUUUUCAUUUGGAUUUUCAUCCCCCCCCCGUUUUGUUUUCAAUUUUCAAUUUUCCCCUGAGGAAACCCCCCCACCCCCACCCCCCCAGUGAUGCUGCAACAUCUGCACGUUGUCUUUUCUUUGUCUCCUGAGGAGAAACGAGACUUUUAUUUUGUUAACGUGAUCAAAGAAAAACAAAAGCAGACUUUUUGAUUAUGGAUCUGCGCGUGGAGCCGCUUUAGUAUUUUCUAUUUGGCUUCGUCCGGUCUGAAUGUGUGAAAGAGGGACUGCCACAGAGACUGAUCCACCUGCAGACCAGCAGCACUGUUAGAGGCAGUCAGGACCUCGCUAACAUGCUCUCAUGUGCAAUUUGUCUUUUUCUUUUUGUCAGAAUUCUACAUAUGAUUAAAGAGUAUUAGCAAGGAGAGGAGAGAAGUCCUUCCACUGUUGUUUUUUAUGUAUAUGUUGAAUUUAAAUGUUAUUAAAUUAUUUUCUAAAGA